AUUCCAAUAACCUUUGACCUUCAGGGAAGUUUCCCGCGCUUUUCUGUCGUACAGCUCUGGGAGAGUUGGUCGUGUGGAGAUCAGGUCGUCUGCGGGUUUGUAGCUUCAUAUUUCCCGGGAAACAGAGGCAAGAACCGCUACAGUAUCAGACUUUGGCUACAAUGGCAACAGCACAGAGAACACUACCUUCACUUGACUUCUACCAUGAAACACACUCAACCGCCCUCUUGCAGGGUUUGCAGGAACUGCGAUCGGACAACUUGCUGGUGGAUGUUAUCCUUUGUGUCUCUGGAAAAGAGAUCCCGUGCCACAGAAAUGUACUUGCUGCUUGCAGUGGAUAUUUUCGCGCAAUGUUCUGCAAUGGGCAUCGUGAGAGCAAGGAGCAUAAGGUUACCAUUCAUGAGGCCAGCCCCAGUGCCUUGCAGCUUCUCGUUGACUACGCCUACACAUCAAAGGUAACCAUCACAGAGGACAACGCUGCAGAACUGAUGGAAGCGGCCAGCUUCUUCCAAGUUCCGCCAGUCAGUCAUGCAUGCACAAAGUUCCUAUCAGACAAUCUAAGUGUAACAAACUGUAUGAAGAUUGUAACCUUAGGUGGCAUGCUGAAUCCUAAUCUUGAGACAGAGGCAUUGUUGUAUGCGAUGAAAGAGUUUGCAGCAGCAAGCCAAACACCAGAGUUCCGUAACUUGACAAAGGGCCAGUUCAUAAAGCUCAUCUCAUCAGAUGACCUGAAUGCUCCUGAAGAAAUUGUUUACAUCGCAGUGAUGAAAUGGAUCAACCAUGACACCAGGAAGAGGAAAAAGGAGAUGAGAGAGCUGAUGGAGCUGGUUAGGUUCCCCUUGAUGGACAGAAGGUACUUCAUGGAGAAUGUGGAGGCAAGCAAUGUCAUGCGUAAGUGCUGUCCGGAUAUCGUUACAGAAACUGUAAGGAAUUAUGCGUUCCCUGGAGAAGUUCAGUCACCCCGCACCCGUCCCCGCCGUGCCAGUGGUCUGAGGGAGGCAGUAGUGGUCAUUGGAGGGUACAAGAAAUUACGACCAGGGCAGUCUUCAGUUUUCAGCAACGCCAUCAUGAUGACACAGUCCUCUGCACCAUCAAGCACCAGUUGGGCUUCUAUGACCACAAUGAGGAGGAAUAAUGACCAUGGUUUUGCUGUGGCUGUUUUGGGCACAAGUGACAUCAUCAUGUCUGUUGGUGGGCCUCAGGGCAGAGAUGUUUGGCUGUAUCAGGCAGGACUUGACUGCUGGUCUAAUCUUGCUCCUAUGAACGCAGUAAGGGACUAUCACAAGCUGGCAGUGGUGCAUGGCAAAGUCUACGCUAUUGGUGGCAGAACCAGUGACCCACCACUACAUCUAACAGCAGAUGUAGAAGUCUAUGACAGAAGCCUGAACAAGUGGACUGAAGGUGUUCCACUACCACAGCCAAGGUUCCUGCAUGCAGUUGCAGUGUUAGAUGGAAGCAUAUAUGUGAUAGGUGGACGUGGUGCGGACGACAUCCCAACAUCUACAGUGUACCGCUUCAGCCCAGGAGACUGCCAGUGGUAUUCAGCAAGUGACAUGCCUGAGACAGCUUCAUUUAUUACUGCUUCAGUUCUCAAUAGUAGCAUCUACGUUGCUGGGUUUGUCUCAAAAGUGCUGUGUUGCAGGCCUCAGGAGGACUUGUGGACUGUCGUAAUCCACACUGAAACUCGACACUUGUACAGAUGUGGUAUGACUGUCUUUGGUGGAGAGAUUUACAUCUAUGGAGGUGGCGACAACUCAGACAAGGGAACAACUGACGUUUUGCAGCUGAAUAGCCAAGAGAAGUCACUUAAGAAGGUAGGAACCAUGCCCAAGGGUCUGUUGGGGCAUGGUUGUGUCACCAUACUGAAGGGCUGAGAAUAGAGUACACUUUUAAGAGAUCACAUGUUCAACUCAUGCCGUAAUAGUAAAAAGGUUGACAAACAUAUGGGACCAACAUUGUAUCCUUGGAAGUUGCUACUUAGCUUGUGAAGUGAAAAAAAUGUUGUUUGAUGUAGUAUGUGGUAGUAGGUGGUGGUGGUGGUACCUUUUUUUUUUUCACGAUAAAAUCACAGUGUAUAUUUGUUGCCAGGUCCUGGGUUGGUUUAAACUGUAAGGUAAAACAUAUUCCGCAGGCCCUCAAAUAGCCUGGUAGCCCACAGCAUGUCCCAUGCAUAAGUAAAAAAAAAUUAGACUGUAAAUUAUCCAGAGGGUAGCAUUUUCCAAUUGGGGCCAUAGCAUAACACAGGUAAAGAAACAUCCAACCAAGGUAUUAACUUGUAGUACAAAUGUAUAGAACUGUUGUUGAUAUAGAAUUGCUAAGAAUGACUACGCUAACUAUUGUUCAAUUCUGCUUUGCUUUAGUUUUCGUUUGGUUUGAGUAUCUACUUUUGUCCAUACCCUGGUUCAAAACAAGUCUACUGUGUUUUCGUUUCAAAGUCCUGGUAACUUUUCUAGUCUAUAUCGUUGAUCAUAUCAUUUACGAAUUCAUUUUGUUGCAGAAGUACAUGUAGUUUCACAUGGAUAAGUGUUUUAGGUGAGGUCAUGGAUAACUGCAGGAUGUUUGGUCCAGAACCCAGAGGUCCAUGGUUCAAAUCCUGGCAUGCAACCAAUUUUGUGCCCAUGGGAAAGGUACAUUUCAACUGCCAUAAUUGUAACAUUGCAUCGCCUCUACUAAAUCAUUAAUAUGCAGUCUCUAGUUGUCAGUGUAACAUGCUAAAGAUUCACAAAAAGUCGAAAGAACUGUCAGAGCUCACAUUAUCAUACCAUUUAUUAAGUACUCAUUGAUAGACAAAAAAUGAUUCAGAAGUACAACUAUAUUUAGAGGCUGUACAACCAAGAUUGGUGCAAUGCCUCUUUAUUUGUUAAACAUGAAGUACGAACUGAUUAGCACUGAUCAUGAGAAGAAGCUCACUGAAUAUAAAGCUCCUGUCGCACAUUCAUGAUUCAUGACUCUGCUCCUGACCACUCAGGGUUGGACAAGUUUUCUAAAAUCCACUUGUCCUAUUGGGCAAGUACUUAAAAAAUUUACUUGCCCGAACCAACUUUUCACUUGCCCGAAAUCUAAAUGACAUUUUGCUAUGUAUAUUCAUGGCCUUCAAAUUUCUUCAAUGGAAUUUUUGUUAUUGGCUCUAUUUUCUGUGUUAAUCAAUGCUUGAUGUCAUGAAUUUGAAAAGUAGCAAGUACAUCAAAAUCUCACUCAAUGGAGAAAAGCUAACUUGUCCGAUCGGGCAAGUGGGGAAGGACAAUGCACUUGCCCGACUGGCAUUUUCACUUGCCCGGGACUAUAGGGCUAGUGGACUUGUUUAUCCCUGCCACUCCUCAACUUAAGUCAGCAGUGUUACUUAGGAUUAGCUUGAAAUUCAUCAUGAUUCUAUUUCCAGUUCUUCUGACCGCAUCCAAGCAAAACUUUCCCGACUGUUUCCGAAGGAAUUUCAUAGAUGGCUUGUGCAGACAAUGUUUGAAAAUCAACUAUUAGGCAAACUCAACAACCAACUCACCACCAAAGAUGGCCUUACUCCCAACCACGGUCUGGGGAUGGUUGGGCAAGAUAGCGAAUGGGAGGCCAUGACUACUGACAUGUAUGUGUGACAGGGGUUUGAAGGAGCAAGAAGGCAAAUUGUUAAUGUGAUAUCAAAGAACACACAAGAAGAGUUUUUCUUAUCGGCCGGGCUUAAGAUUAGUUUUGUAAGCUAAAAGUUGUCAGACGUUGCUGACAUCUUUGUAUUCAGCCAUAGACUGAGAUUAAUUAUUUUCGAAUACAUGUACCUGG